AAUCUUGCUGCCUGCCAGCUAUCAAGUCAAUGAUUAACCCCCACCAAGGACAUCUCCCGAAAGGCCGGCUGAGUGGCACAGCCCACAGUGGGAAGCUUCAAGGGGCAAUUUCGCAAGAGAGAACAAACACACGAAACAAGAAAUGAAGAAAAAAAGACACUUCUGCUGUAUGUUUGACCUGAGCAUCCCCAGGGAACCUCCAUUCUUUGCUGCAUCGCCUUGGUGCCGGGCACUGUAAAAGGGCUGAAGAGCCUCCCUCGGCGCUGUGCAGUGCCCGUGCCGCAGGCCCAAAGCACCCUUUGCCUCCAUUUUGCCCUGGUUUUGCUCUAGCCAGCGCACUGUGGGUCACGCUGCAGCCAGUACUGGUUGCUGCACGGUGUGUUGGGCUUUUUUGGGUGACCCCCAAACACCCCCCAGAGCCCCAGCAGGCUCUGUCUGCCUGCUGCUGCCUCAGCCAAAGGCAGGUCCCUGCGCUGGGGGAGCAGCAAGAGGGGACCCAGACCCCAAGAGCAGCUCAGGGGAAGAGCAGACCCUUUCCACACACAUUUGGCUGUAGGUUUUCCCCCGUUUCCUUUUGCUCCUCAGAAAGCAGUGCCAGCCACCCCCCGCGGCCAUCGCGAGGCAGCGGCAGCGGCAUGGACCCCUGCCAGGAGGUGUUUCAGAAGCUGGAGAAGAUCGGGGAGGGCACCUAUGGCGUGGUGUACAAGGCUCGCAACAAGCGCACGGGGCAGCUGGUGGCCCUCAAGAAGAUCCGCUUGGACUCCGACACGGAGGGUGUCCCCAGCACUGCAAUCCGAGAAAUCUCACUGCUGAAGGAGCUGAAGCACCCCAACAUAGUAAGGCUCCUGGAUGUCAUACACAGCCAGAAGAAGCUCUAUCUGGUGUUUGAGUAUCUGAAUCAAGACCUGAAGAAAUACAUGGACUCAUCCCAAACCAGAGAGCUUCCUUUAAGCUUGGUCAAGAACUACCUUUUCCAGCUGCUGCAGGGUGUGAACUUCUGCCACUCACACAGAGUCAUACACAGGGACUUGAAGCCACAGAACUUGCUCAUUAACGAAGCAGGAGUAAUCAAGCUGGCUGAUUUUGGGCUGGCAAGAGCUUUCGGUGUCCCCCUGCGCACGUACACUCAUGAGGUAGUGACUCUGUGGUACCGAGCCCCUGAAAUACUGCUGGGAUGCAAAUAUUACUCAACCCCUGUGGAUAUCUGGAGCGUCGGCUGCAUCUUUGCAGAAAUGCUGACCAGGAAGGCCCUGUUUCCAGGGGACUCUGAGAUCGAUCAGCUCUUCCGGAUCUUUCGCACUCUGGGCACUCCCACUGAGGAGACCUGGCCUGGAGUGACCCAGCUGCCUGACUACAAGGAGAACUUUCCCCAGUGGGCAAGGAAGGAGAUGACAGAAAUUGUUCCCAGCUUAAAUCGAGAUGGUAGAGACUUACUGGUGCAAUUGCUCCUGUAUGACCCCAGCAAGCGCAUCUCAGCCAAGGCAGCCCUCAGUCACCAGUACUUCUUCCAGAGAAGCCCUCGGAAGCCUGAAGAGCAACGUGUGCUGCAGAAACACUGCAGAUGAGAAAAUACAGUUGGGAUCCCUUCUCCUGAGGAGCCUGGAGGGGACAUUCUUGCAUUUAGAGACUCUCAGCCUGUUUUCCUGGGGGAAAGUUUGAGUUACAGCCCAUAGAACCCUUUUAAAUGGGUCACGUGCAAAAGUAGGGGGGUAUUUAUCAGCGUAAAACACUGAAAUGUGAGAGAUCAUCUUUCAGAGGUUUGUCCUUGCGUUGGUGAGCUAAGGUGACACAGUGAUGUCUGCCAGCACUGGAGUCAUCCCCGCAUUCCCAGCACCGGCACAUCCCCAGGUGCGCCGGUGGCAGUUUCUGACAGCAGGGUGUGCCGGCGCUCCACUGCGGGCAGGGGAGCACUUCUCUGCUCCGCUGCUGUUACCAAAGCCUUGGCUUGUCAGCACUAGACAAGUUGUUUAAUCUGAGCUGUUUAACAGAGCUGGCAUUCUGCUCUUUCACAAGCUGAAAUGCACUAUAUGAUGUCUUAAUUUGUACCUUAGCUGGGACCAAGAAUCCGAAAGAUCCAGUUAACAUAAAGCACUUAAUGUAUACGGCUGGAAACAGCUAGAGCACUGGUUGUCCACCAUUGGUCCAGACAUAAUGCUGUUUCCUUCACUUUAUUAUCUUGAAAAUGUUGUUGUUCAAAUGAUUCAAGAAUUGUCCCUAACUUUUGGUGUGUUUUUUACAUCUUUUUCUUUUCAGUACAGAAGAGAAAUAAAGGCUUGUCAUUUGUUCAGAA